UUUCCGGGUGCGACGGGUUGAGAUGUAGACUAGCAAGCUAACCGAGAGUAGCGUCAAAACACAGAUACCACCACAGUACCGACAAAGGUAGAGGAGAUAGCGUUAGAAGGCAACAUGAAGGGGAUAAACGAUUCGUUUUUUAAGGAGCUUUUUUGAAAGCGAAGUCGCCGUAAUAUACACAGAUUGUUAUAGCUAAAAAUAAAAUGUCAACAACGCGGCCCCUUCUCGGGAUGAAGCGAAUCACCGAGGUAACCUGCACUCAGCCGCCGGGUGGGAGACAGUCUCCGACCCCCAGCAAAACUUAUCCCGAGCAGCUCACAGUGGACGAGUUUACGGUGCAUGAGGACAAACAAGGAGAGCUCAAAUGCGCGAAACCGAGAGUCGAGCAGGUUUUCCAAGUGGCGUUUACGAUUAUUGGGUUGUUGGAUCAUACCGGAGCCCACGGAAGUAAGGCUUCGAGACAGAUAUGGCUCCAGCUAAAGGGGAAAAAGGAAGAUGUGUCAAAAGCAAAGGAGUAUGUGAAAGGCCUAUGUGACCCAGAGCUGCAAAAGAAAGAGCGUUACCCCGUGGACAUGCACUGCAUUUUUGCUGGCGCUCGAGGACUCUUUCUGGACCGGCUACUUAGAGACACCAGUGCAGAGGUCCAAGUGCUAGAACCAGGGCGCUUGAAGUUGAUUGGUUCUGCAGAGGCUGUUGUCAUGGCUCAGUCACGCGUUCAGCAGUUUGUUGCUCUCUUCCACGAGAAGCGUAGUUUGCCUGCUGAAAGAGAACCUUUGGUUAAGCGCACUUUUAAGACCUUUGUUGAGGACAGGGCUGAUAACUAUGCCAUGGAGCUGCUCUUGCUACCCAGUGCCCUCAAAGAGGAACUCUUGGGUUUGGCCCAAAGCCCUACCCAGUCUAUCGUUAUUAUUGAUUUGGAACAGGACCGCUCUCAGACUAGCACACCCGUAACGGACCUUUCGAACCGAAUCCUGGACACCACUUUCGAGGACAAUAUCUCAGGUCCCCCAAGCACUUCUGACAUCACGCCUGGCCUGAACGGACGCCCCUGUAACAAGCGGCGUUCCUCUGAAAGCGAGCAGAGGGACACUAAGCGGCAGUUCUCUCGAGAGAGAAGAGAGGAUGAACAAUUUGAGGAAUGUCAGCGAGAGGCCAGCCAGACUAGGGCGGUCACACCCGCAAAGGGAAUUCAGGGUGCAAUGGGUUUGAGCUCUAUUGAAGGGAUUAAUGAAGGUGAGGCGGUGAGUCCAGAGACUAAUUUCCGCUGCCUGGUCAACUUUUUCAGAACCAUGGGCUACCAGCAGGAGGUGGUCGAACGUGUGGUGCGGGAGACCGGCCAGACAGAAGACACGUUUUUGCUACUGGAAAGGAUUGUGGAGGAGACCCAGAAAACCCAAAGCAACCAUGGAGCCCAGCGUACCUCUCGCACCCCCGACCCUUCCCCAUCCACGAAUGCCUCUUCCUCCAACUGCGCCAGGCUCAAAGAGAAAGAGCGAGGGCAGAUGCGUGCUCUCGCAGAGAUCAAAUGCAAAGAAAACAUUAGGCCGCCGAGCAGUAAUGGCAUAGGUCAGAGGAACCAGACAAGCACCACACCUUUGACCUCUGUGAAUCUUAAAAGAAACAAUGCCGUAUCGAAUGAUGUGUGUGAUGUAAUCGUCAUCGAUGAUGAUGACAACGACAACGACUUAGUGGACGUAGAGAGAAAGCCCCGAAUCAUCCCACUAGAUUUAAAGUCAGAGACGAGGUUCGAUUAUCUGCCACGUGGUAGCUCUCAAACAAUGGUCCCUGUGCGGACGGAGAGCGUGACCACUCUCCGGAGCUCCUCUCAAGGUCCUCCCCUCCGGAACAGUGACAUGCGGCCCGGCUGCUCCUACCAGACUCUUCCUGGAAGGGCACCUCUACCUCGCACCGAAGUGUUUUCCACCCCUAAAUCGGCAAUGCUCACAGGCAUGUCCCGUUUCCAGCAGUCCUUAAAAACCCCCUACAGACUUGUCCUACAGAACGAACCGGGCUACCCAGAUCUGCGGCACAUCAUCAUCGAUGGCAGCAAUGUGGCAAUGGCACACGGACUAAAUCGGAUCUUUUCUUGUCGUGGGAUUGCCAUCGCUGUGGAGGCCUUUUGGCGCAGAGGUCACAGAGAAAUCACAGUCUUUGUACCACAGUGGAGACAGAAGAGAGACCCCAACAUCACUGAACAACACUUUCUGACCCAGCUGGAGAACUUGCGACUUCUUUCUUUCACCCCUUCUAGAGAAGUGUGUGGGCAGAGGAUUUCCUCUCAUGAUGACAGGUUCCUGCUUCAUCUGGCUGAGAAGACAGGAGGGGUCAUCGUCACCAAUGACAACCUGAGAGAUUUUGUAAACCAGUCAGAAGCGUGGAGAAGGAUCAUCCAACAGAGACUCUUGCAGUUUACAUUCGUAGAAGAUCACUUUAUGAUCCCAGACGAUCCACUUGGAAAGCAUGGACCUCAUUUGGACAUGUUCUUGCUCAAAGAAAACCGAGGAAGCCCCAUAACACCUCCCCUGAGGACUGACCCCCGAGCAACUCCGUCGGUUUUCAACCAGGCAGCGCAAGCCACACCACCUCCCUCCUCCCCAUCCCACUGGCCACAUUCCGGCCCCCCUGACUGGCAUCUCCCUCGACCGUCCCCCUCUCCACCUCCACAGAGGUCACCCUCAGAAACCACAAAGCUAAAGAAGGAUUUAUAUGACAUCUUUCCUGACCAAAAGCAGCGAAUUGACCAUAUCCUCAAUGACAACCCGUACAUGAGGGACCUAAAUGCACUUUCAGGACUCUUGCUAGGAUAAUGCACACGUCACACACGAAGUAGAGUUUUGCACAGGUUUGACUGGGGUAGAACAGCAGUGUAAGAGCAUAGGGAUCACAGGGCUUUUUUGAUUAUUAAAGACUAUUUGGAUACAAAGCACCGCUGCAAGCAUUCAUAUGUUCAAGGGAGCGUUAAAUCAAGUCAUUAUGGUAAGAUCUCUGGGGCCCGCAAGCACAAAAAUAACUUAAGUCAAAGUUUAAGUGGGAGCUUUACAUACAUGAGAGUGUACAGGCCGAAUGGCAUAUAUUUGAUGUAAAUAUUUAUAAACUAGAGUAAUCUUUUCUUUAAGUUAUCUUUUCAGAAAUCAUUAUUUUAAAGUGUUCCAGCUACACUGUUGUUUUGAACUAGCUUUGCUGAAAACUGCUGAAGGACAAUUUUUAUUUGCUGUUUUAUAUAUAAUUGUGCAUUCUGCUGCUUAUGUUUUUGUAAAUAUUGAAAUAUUGAGCUGAAUGAGUUCUAAUUUUCAGUCCAUUGAAGUGCCAUGUUAUCUGCUUACAGGAUAGAAUUACAUAACUCUGUCCUAAGUCAUGUCGCUACCUUGUCACUAAUUUUAGUUCUUGUUUACUUUGGUGAGGGCUAGAAAGCUGUAUCCUAUUUUUAGGAAUCCCUGGAGACACCCUCUGUGUCACGUAAGAAACUAUGAAACCAUUCUGAUUGACUGGCUUCAAAAGUUUCCAGAUUACUAAGUAACCUGGCACUCCCCGUCAUCCUCCCAGUUGUGCAAGCCACUCACCAAAAAUAGCAAAGGGAAACUGAGCUGUCAAUGAAGUUAAACCUUUCUCCCAGUUAUAACCAUCAGGGGGUGCUGUGGGCUUAACUGAAGACAUGAACAAAAUGCAAUGCACAGUUGAAAGAAAUGAUGUUCCUCAGUCAUUUUUAAACUAUGAAAGCAUUUUAUUAUAUAACACUAUGGUGGAAAUAUAGUACAAUGCUUUUAAGUGUUAUUGUAUUUUCACUGUCUUUGAAUUAUGUGUAGCAUUGGGUUUUGCGAAUUGAUAUUCAGUUUUUGGGGAUGGAAUUUAAAAGUUGAGCGCAUGGAAGCAUCACAGGUUUGGCAGGCACUGUGGGUAUCUCACAGUAUGGCUGCUCUUACAAUUUGUUUUUUCUGGGUGGCAGUGUUAAAUAAAGGCCAUUUAUGUGUUAAUCUUGAUUUCUGUGGUAUUCGUUUUUUUCUCGUUUAAAAUGAAUCACAUUUUGAUUUAGUUGCCAUAGAUACUUGAUACUGAAUUGUAUUGUUUAUUCUAAUGGGUGUGAUGUAAAACUUUACUCCUUAUGUGAAGUUUUGUAACUCGUUUAUGACAGCAGGGGGAGACAUUGCAGUUGGGCUGAAUUACAUUCAGAACUCCAUCCUGAGAAGCAUCAGUGACAGAAAAUGGAUAUAUACCAAAGCAUAGGUGUCACGUUGUAAUAUCUUUGACUUUCAUGCAUGCAGUUUUUUCCCUUCUUGAACACACAUAAAUGGAAACAGUCCACAUAACUAUUUGUCUGUUUUCUAUGUAAAGUAACAGUAACUGUUAAAAUUGAUAAACAACUGCUAAGAGUUAUAGGAAAACAGUUUGGCAGUGUGACCCCAGAGGUGUCCCAGCCUUUCCUGUGUGACCUGAACUGUGGCUUAGGUUCCCUGUUUAACAAGAUAAGACACAAACUUGUCUAUUUUGGCUUCUAGUAUUAAAUGGAUAGUUUGCCCAAAAAUGAAUACUCUCUUGUUGUUCCAAACCGAUAUAUUCUUUUCUAUGUUUGGUUAAAUACAGAGAAAGGUAUGCGGACGAAUGCUUGUAACCAAAUAGUUCUUGCCCACCACUGACUACCAUAGUAGGAAAAAUUACAAUGGUUGUCAAAAGUGACCCAGAACUGUUUUCUGUCCUACAUUCUUCAAAAUAUCUUAUUUUGUGUUCAGAAGAAAAUGUUAUACUAUGGUAGACAAUGGUGGCCAAGAACUGUUUGUUACAAUAAUUAAUUAAUAAUCCUGAUAAUUUAUUUCUGCACUGUAAAAAAUUGUUGGCUAAAUUUAAGUUAUCUUGUUCCCUUAAUAUUUUUAAUUCAACUUAAAAAUAUUAGUCCACUCAAUGAUAAAUGCAUUUAGGUAACUUAUUUUUUUAAGUUGAAGUUACUUAAAAUUUUAAGGCUACCAUUUUUAAGUUGAACCAA